ACGUCGGCUCAUCGCCCCUCCUUCGGUCGCUCCACUGGGCCUCACGCGGGUCCGCCUUUCCCAGUCCCUCUCCUGCCUCCCAAGAUGGCUGCGCUGCUGCCGGGCCCGGAACCAUGGAACCGCGUGAGGAUCCCUAAGGCGGGGAGCCGCAGCGCAGUGAUCGUACCGGACCCCGGCGCGGCGCUGGACCUUUGCAUUGCAGCUGUAAUUAAAGAAUGCUGUCUCGUUACAUUGUCACUGAAGAGCCAAAUCUUAGAUGCAGAAACAGAUGUAUUAUGUGCAGUCCUUUACAGCCAUCACAACAGAAUGGGCCGCCACAAGCCCCAUUUGGCCCUCAAACAGGUUGAACAAUGUUUAAAACGCUUGAAAAACAUGAAUUUGGAAGGUUCAAUUCAAGAUCUCUCUGAGUCAUUUUCUUCUAAUGAAAAUCAGCCUGUAAAUACCAAAGCAUGUGUCAUCCCUAGCCAACCAGUGGUGGAACUGGUGUUGAUGAAGAUUUUGGGAGCCUGCAAGUUGCUACUUCGCUUGUUGGACUGUUGCUGCAAGACAUUUCUCUUGACUGUGAAACAUCUAGGUUUGCAAGAAUUCAUUAUUUUAAACCUUGUGAUGGUUGGGCUGGUGAGCAGGUUAUGGGUUCUCUAUAAAGAUGUUUUAAAAAGGCUGGUUUCUUUAUAUGAGCCAUUGUUUGGAUUACUUCAGGAGGUCUCCAGGAUUCAACCAUUGCCUUACUUCAAAGGUUUUACCUUUCCUUCUGAUAUUGCUGAAUUUUUAGGAGAGCCCUACUUUGAAAUCUUUAAGAAAAAAAUGCCUACAGCUUUUGCAGCUAAAGGAGUAACUAAACUGCUAAAUAAACUAUUUUUAACAAAAGAGCAAUCACAGAGGUCCAGUGAAGAACCAUUACUUGGAAUUUCCAAAAAAGCUAAACAAAUGAAGAUCAAUAUUCAGAAUAAUGUGGAUCUUGGACAGCCAGUAAAGAAUAAGAAAAUCUUAAAAGAAAAGUCAUCAGAAUUUGACGUGAGGGCUUUCUGCAAACAGCUGAAACACAAAGCUAUUCAGGAGAACAGUUUUGAGUUUAAAUGUUCUCAAUCCAAACUAAAGGCAACCAAACAUUCUUCUCGGAAAGCAAUAGGAACUCCCUGUGUAAAAAGUCUUGUGCAAAGAUUCCGAGAAACUGAGACUUUCGUACAACUUUCUGAAGAGAUCCAAAUGGCAAUUCUGUGGUGUAGGAGCAAAAAACUCAAGGCUCAGACCACCUUUCUGGGUAAUAAACUUCUUAAAAGUAACCGGCUUAAACAUGUGGAAGCUCAAGGCUAUAGUUUGCCAAAGAAACUAGAGUGCAUAAAAACAUCAAUUUGCAACUGCCUUCUUCAUGGCUCAGGUAGCAAAACUUUGAAGGAUCAUCUGAGACAAAGAAGAUCACAGAAUAAAUUUUCAUUGAAACGAAGGAAACCACAGAGAAAGUUGCAGUCGGCUCUUUUAAAGGAAACCCAGCAGCCCCCUCAAGGGACUCAGAGUGCUACCGAUAUCAUUAAAGGGAGACUCUCACACCCUACAGUUCGUACAACUGAUCUCUACCCUAACAAUAAGCAAGUGUUGAGUAGAAGAGUUUCAAGUCCUGUCAUACAAACUAAGGAGAAACAAAUUCAUGAAAAUCUUAUAGAAAGCAAUGAAAAUGAAACUGAUUCUUGGACAACGAUGCAAAUAAAUAAACAUAAUACAUCAGGAAUCACUAAGGAGACAGACGACAUUGAUGAUAUUUUUGCUUUAAUGGGAGUUUAGAUGCUCAUAUGUGAGACUUUUAACUGGUUAACCAACUGCUCCAGUGUUCUAAGUAGAACAGCUGAGAUCUGGAAAGAUCUGGAAGUACCAUUUGGACUCAGAGGAGCUGCUUAAGUGCAACAUUGUAGAGCAGUUCAUUUUAGUUCAGUAAACACUUGUCAUAGCUUUGUGUCAUUUAACUGACAAAUAUUUGACUAACAGUCAAUUUUUGACUUAAUUAGGACCUGAAUAAUUAGGUUUGCAAAACCUACACUGUGCCUUAGGUAAAUGGGGAGCAGGGGUGGGGAGUAGCAAGGAAUCACCAAAAAGGUCACUUUAGCCCUCGUGGCUCCAUUGUAGGUAAGUGCUCUUCUGAACACCAAGGUUUGUAGUGUUUAACAGUUGUGCCGUCUUCUGUAUGUUAGAAUUAUCAUCGAGGUUUUGCCACUAUUACCAGGGAGUGGUCACAACCAUUAUUUCACUUCAUUUGUUAACCUUACCGCAUAGGAGGGCAUAUUAAAAUGCUUUUGGAGUUCUACAAAGUUUGUGGGGGCUUUUGUUUAUUUAUUUGGGUGCUAGUGACUGAGUCCAAAUAAAAUUUUUUCCAAAAAGGAUGUAAAGUGACUUAUGGUUAUACACAAAGUAGAAGUAGGUGAGAAA